UCGUAAUACUGCUCGUGUGAGCGAUAAGUGAUAACGCCAAGGAAACUGGUCAGUCGUAUCGCGGCUCUCCGGACGGUAACACCCGCUUUCGUUGAGCGUCGGGCGCGUCUCGCAGUCGGCCCUCGCGCUCGGACACGUGUGGUUAGUGUUUUUAUGGCUCGGAUUUAUCAGUUACAGAAACCAUGAGUUUGGAUAGGCGAUGACAGAGGUCCAAUACCAUGGCACCUGACGCUGAAGAUUGCGAGGCUGCCCUCAACCCUAAGGCUCCCAGUGUACCGGUACAUGGCAGUAGGAUCCUACCCCAAAGUCCACCCGCCGCUUACGGCUGGACUGAGAAUGAGGCUGAACCGAGCAGUCCAGGGGAGAAUCGAAGGUUACUCCCGACGGUAGAGACCAAAACCAAACCACGACUCCAAGAUGGAUUGACUCUGGGAGUGCACGGACAUAAGAAGCAUACCAAGUGUCCUCAAAUACAGAAGAAUGUUAAGAAGAAGAAAUCGAAUUUUCAGAAGAGGAAGGAGAAGUUAGUGGCCUUACUGAAACCACCGCGUUUUAUUACCUCCAUGAUUUUUGUUAUGAUAUCGAUCCAUUUCUUGGCAUCCGCGGAGUUCCGUCGGCUACUGGAGUGGUCUCCUGGCUCGUGGUGGAGUGAACCGUGGCGCCUCCUCACAUACGGGUUCGUGCACGCUAACAACGGUCACCUGGCGCUCAAUGCACUCGUCGCUCUUGCUGUGGGCUGGCGGCUGGAGAGCGAGCAGGGGUGGUGGCGCGUGGUGUGCGUGUGGGGCGGCGGCGUGGCGGCGGGCGCGCUGGGCGCGGGCGCGCUGCAGCCGAGCGUGCGCGUGGUGGGCGCCUCGGCCGCCGUGUACGCGCUGCUCACCGCGCACCUGCCCAACGUGUGUCUCAGAUUUGGACACAUCCCAUUGUGGUGGUUCCGACCGCUGUCGGUGCUGGUGCUGGGCGCGUCGGAGGGGUGCUGGGCGCUGCUGCGCUCGUCGGAGUCCUUCAACAACUCUCUGCCGCGGUCUCACGUGCGCUCGUACGAUCACGUCGCGUGGUCGGCGCACUCGCUGGGAGCCGCUGUGGGCAUACCGCUUGCGUUCCUCGUUUUCACUGGUGAAAACGAUGGAAAACGCCACAUAGUCUGUUGCCGAGUAGCCUCCGUAAUCUUGUUGGCGUCUGGUACGGUGCUGGCACUGGUAUACUAUACAUAUCUGUAUAACAUCAUGAAGUAUUGACAGACCUGAAUAUCAUCGUCGAAAAAGUCUGAAGUUCUGCAACAAACGCUUACGAGUUAAUAUAAAUAAAAAUAUAAGUCGUUAAACCAAACCCCAACAACGACAUGAAAGUUAGUGAAAGGCAUGGGUUUUAGUUUUAUAACUUAUAUUUUUACUUUUAGCUCUUAUAUAUUAUAAUCGUAAUUCUCACGAUACCACGCCUAAAAUCAAAAGUUAGAUUUACCAGGCGAUAGCCAAUAAUAACAUAAUAUUAAUACCAAGAAAUUUUAAAUCUAUUUAGCGAAAUUGGUAUUUUACUAGUGGAUUUUUUACUCAAAAGAUGUCUCCCAAUCUGUAAAUAAUUAUACAAAAUGUUUCUUUAGAUAUUGAAACUACCAUGACAAUUGACAACGAUUAUUCUCUAAAUAUAAGUAAUACGAAAAAUCUUGUAUGUACCAGCUUGUGCAUCAUUAGUUCUUUUUUUUUAUUCAGUCGUAUUCAUUGUUAUUAUUCAUUGGCGUUAUAAUAAUAUCUUGUUCAGUAUGCUGUAGGACAAAGCAACUUCAACGAUAUCUAGACUCAGUAAAUUUAUCAAUCCGAUGUAACAAGCUAUCAAAAUGAUAUCCUUUUACUGCCGUAUGCAAGGAGAGAUAAUCCUUUUUUGUGUUCUAAAUCCCAUCCCAUGACAUCAAUAAUUGAUAACUCAAAUGAUUUCAUGGUUUAUUAGCCUGACAUUGCGCAUGAGGCGCCAUCAGCAAGCCUACUAUCUAAGUCUAAUAUAAACCAAAAGUGCAAUUGAUCGUUUCCGUCCUCCGAUCGCGAACGAGUAGCGUAUCUUUUGAUGGUUUUACACUUUACAUCUAGCACUCUAUAAGUACAAAUGUGAUUCACUGUUUUGUACAUUAGGAUAGGUUUUCGAGAGAUACCACAAAGGGAUGACAUUUGACGUCAAAGCACAUUUUGGGCCACAGGUCCUAAUUUCUCAUUUUUACUAUUAAAACUAAUGAUAACGUAAUUAAAAGAUCGGUUCUAAUACGUACACGUGUAACGAAGAAUAGGAUUAUAUUUCAACUCUAACUUAGAUUAAUUUGAUUUCUGUGAAAUCGUUUCUUCAUGUUUUGUAUCAAAACUAUUUAUUGGCUAGUGACUUACUUUCAACUAUGUGUUGUCAAUGUGCAUUAUUACAUAAUUAGUGACGCAAUUUGUACACGAUUUAAUUGUCAUAAUAUUGUUUCAAAACGUAUUCAUGAUACACCAAAAAUUAUGUACCUUAAUGAAUAAUGUCCUUUGUUUUCCAUCGAACAAUUCUGAAUUUGAAAUGUUCCACUACAAAUGGCAGCGAAAUGUCAAUAUUCAGAAAAGGAUUUCAAAGCUAGUCACUACUAACGAGGCUGACAUGAGGUGCCUAGAUCUUUAGAUUAGUAUACUGCAAAAUCUAGCAAUCUAGUCAUUUUUUAUGACAAAAGAACUAGGUUAAUGCUAAUAGAUAACGCUUCAUAACUAGAUAUAAGUUUAUGAAUAAUUAUAAUAUAUACUCUCGUACCUAACUGUGUGCCAUAGGACUUCUAAUCAAUAUAUUUCACAAAAACUUGCAGAUGAUAUAAGUAAUAUAAUAUUUUACAUAAUUUAAGGAGUUAGUAAGUGUUGUGUUAAUUUUGAAGGUAAUGUGCAAGAGAUGGAAAUCAAACGCGACAUGGAUGAGAACCAUUAUUUAAGUUCUAUGGAAAUUAAUACAAAAGUAUAUUAAAAUAAAAAAUGGUGUCUGCAAGUUUCAUUGAAAAAUACGAUUUUUUAACAAUAAGUAUCAAUUUUGUAACGCAUAUCAGUCUAAUGUUGUAAAAAGCGCCAUCUAUGAAUUGUAUCUUAAAUGACAUAUUUCUACUUUCAAGACAUGAAAUUAAAUUGUUGUUUUUACUA